CUUCCUACAAAUGAAAAGCAUAACUAGAACGCAUUAUUCAGACGAAUCAUGUGGCUACUAAACAGUCCGCAGGAAAGAGAGUAUCUGUUACCAAAUAAGUUUUAAAUCCUCAACAAUCCGCAUUUACGUACUAACGGGGCAAAUGCUUUACUCAUCUUUUCGCUUCAAGUCUUUAUCGUAAUUUUAAUCGUUAAAAUUUUUGCGUUUACGCUGAAACUGUAAAUAAAAGCCUAGGACGGCAACUGGGAGCGAACUUGCAACCCGAGUGCCGUAUGUCAGGUUUCUUCUCAAACAAGAUGAUAUGAAUGCCGGAGAGUACAAUUUCUGGAAUGAUGCAGGGGAUAUAUAUUGCUCAACAAAACUUUAUAGUUGAGAGGAGGCACAUACUUGGGGGAUUAUGUUCCAUGGCACCAUAUAAAAAUGGUAUUGAUCUCAGUCGAGGCACAUUGUUGCUUUCAAGGUUCUGCAUGAGUUUGUACAGGAGGACAAAGACUUUUAAAUUCCAGAAAUCUAAAGGUUGCUGCAUCAGUCUUCUUAGUUGCAAUUCAUGUUUACAAAGUUUUAUGCAACCAGGAGUGCCUGGCAUGAUAUGUCAAUCAAGAGAUCUUAGAUUGCUUUCUAACACUGCUGGAGUUGCAGCGCAAAAUAUUGAAUGGAAUACUAUGCUUUUACGGGACAAACACUUGAAAGGUGCAAUUGUUCAUGAGGCAGAAAAAGGUUAUGGAGAUUGUCAGGGGAAAACCAUGAGGUUCAGUGAAUUCCUUUCUUCAAGGAUUUUACCUUUAUGUUCUCCUUUGGUUGACAAGCCUGCUAAAGUCUUGUUGGAGGAAGUGAAGAAUUACUCUCAAGCAAGCAUUCAAUGUCGUUUUAGGGUUCUCAACAAGAUUGCACUUCUUAUGGGAUUUGAGAGUAUACAUUCACUAAUUGCACAUGAAAGAGCUUUGAUAGAGUCUACCCUCAGUCUCCAAUACUCAUCUAAGAAUGAAGAUAAAUCAGAGUCGGCAACUAGCUUACCAAAUAGAGUUCAUGGGUGUGAUGAACAUGAAGUAAGAAGGACACCAUCUUCAGUUGAUGACACCGAAUUGUUCCAAGCUUGUCAGACGUUCCCAUGUAUUGUUUUGGGCAGUACUCCACAUGUGAAUAUAUAUAGUAUGACUGAUGAGAAUUCAGAAGGGGCAGAAUAUCGAUAUAUUGAAAAUGAUGUAGAAAACCCUGUGAAGCAGGUGGAGGAUGUUAAUAUUAUUGCAGUUACUAUUCCAGAAAUUCCAAAUCUAGGUGAAGACAAAUCCGAUCAAGCUGCUGCUCAAUUUGAAAAUGAUGUUGAACCAGCACAAUACAUGCUUCGGAAGGAUAAAAAAUGCUUGCAUUUAUCCAAUGAGGUUAAGUUGGAAAUCACAAACAAAGUGGGCUUGAAAGAAGACUGCAUCAUGGCUGAUACAAAGGUGUCACCAAGUAAGUUCAUUCGCAAUACAAAAAGAAGAACUACUUAUGUGGAUUGCUUCCUUGAUGCACCUGUUGGCACUGUCAAUGGUAUAACAGCAUUUCAACGCCGCAAACUGGAAGAGAAUGGCUUCCACACGGUACGUAAACUACUUCAACAUUUUCCUUGUAGUUAUUUCAAUUUUCAAGAUGCUCAAGGCCAACCAGAGGAUGGACAGUUGCUGAAUUUCACUGGAAGGGUUUUAUCUUCUAGUGGGCAAAAGAGAGGACAUCUGCGUGGACUGAUUGAAGUCAUUGUUGAAUGUCAAAUCCGUAGAGCUGAUGAAAGCUGUUCAGAAAGCAAUCUAAAUUGUGACAAAAUGGAAAAUAAAAAGACCAUAUAUCUCCAUUUGAAGAGAUAUGUUCGUGGACCCCGCUUUGCAAAUUUUGGGUUUCUAAGUAAAGCUGAGGCUAAGUACCCCGAAGGUAGUCAUGUAGCAGUAAGUGGCAAGGUCAUGGCUUUAAAAGAAGAAGAUCAUUUUGAAAUGCAGCAUUACAUACUUGACAUUCUAGAAGGGGAGAUAGAUCUUGAAAGACAAGAACCUUAUGAAAAAGAGAAGAUUUAUCCUAUUUAUCCAUCAAAAGGCACUUUAGAUCGAAAAUAUAUUGGAGACCGCAUUAAGAGCAGAGUAUUGGAUUCAUUACCUGUGGAUAUCGACCCCCUUCCGGAAAAUGUCUGUGCUAAGUUCAGUUUGAUGGAGCUUCGUGAAGCUUACUUUGGCAUUCAUUUUCCGAAGGAUCAAAAGGAAGCCGAGUCUGCCCGGAGAAGGUUUAUAUUUGAUGAUUUCUUUUAUCAUCAGCUGGGAUUGCAAUUUCGGAUGCAUGAAGUUGUAAACAUGUACACCAAAAACAAUGGUUUGGCUGAGAAUUCAAUAGGCCUUGAAGUUGGAAGCCUUGGUAUUGAUAAUUGGUCACAACUGACUUUGAAACUUUUGAGAUCACUCCCCUUUUCACUUACAAAUUCUCAAUUAAAGGUUACUUCAGAGAUUAUUUGGGACUUACGAAGGCCUGUGCCGAUGAAUCGUCUUCUACAGGGUGAUGUUGGCUGUGGAAAAACUAUUGUAGCUUUAUUGGCUGCAUUAGAGGUUAUCGAUUCUGGUUAUCAGGCAGCAUUUAUGGUCCCAACAGAACUAUUAGCAAUGCAACAUUAUGAGAACAUUGUGUCUAUCCUUGAGAAAAUAGAUGAAGUUGAAAGGCCUUCGGUAGCUCUUUUAACAGGCUCCACGCCUUUGAAGAAAGCUUCUUCAAUUUGUGAGGGAUUAGAGACAGGAGAUAUUGCAAUGAUAGUUGGCACACACAGCCUGAUUGCGGAGAGGGUUAAAUUUGCCUCUCUUUGCUUUGCUGUCAUAGACGAACAACAUCGCUUUGGAGUGAUACAAAGGGGAAGGUUUAGUAGCAAGGUAUCCACAACUAUGGACCUGACACUUUCAAAUGACAUAAACUUACAAGAUGGACAGCUGGUUGCAAACAAAGCAUUUGCCUCCCCACAUGUGCUUGUCAUGUCUGCCACACCAAUCCCAAGGACUCUUGCUUUAGUUCUCUAUGGAGACAUGUCCCUUAGCCAGAUAAAAGAGAGUCUGCCUGGUCGAUUGCCUGUGAAAACAUUUUCUUUCUACGGUGAUGAACAAGGGUUUCAGAGAGCAUACCAGAUGAUGCAAGAAGAUCUUGGCAAUGGUGGAAAAAUAUUUCUUGUUUAUCCUGUCAUAGAUGAAAGUAAGAUGCUACCUGAGCUUCAUGCAGCUACUGCAGAACUUGACAAAAUAUCUAAUAUCUUUAAGGAUUACAAGUGUGGCAUUCUUCAUGGUCGUAUGAAACUUAGUGAAAAAGAAACAGCAAUGCAAAAGUUCAGAGGAGGAGAAACACAAAUCCUUCUUUCAACUCAAAUAAUUGAAAUUGGAAUUGAUAUUCCUGAGGCAACAAUGAUGGUAAUUAUUAAUGCUGAGAGAUUUGGAAUGGCCCAAUUACACCAGCUUAGAGGCCGUAUCGGACGGAGCACUAGACAAGCUACUUGUAUUCUUCUAGCAUCCUCCAGAAAUGCCUUGGAGCGGCUGAGAUUAUUAGAGAAUUCAUCAGAUGGAUUUUAUUUGGCUGAAAAAGAUCUUCAUUUCCGUGGCCCUGGAAACUUGCUUGGGAUACAACAAUCGGGACAUAUUCCAGAAUUUUCUAUAGCUCGGCUUGAGACUGAUGGUGAUGUUCUUGAACAAGCCCAUAUUGCUGCUUCGGACAUUCUUCAAAAGAAUCGCUACUUGGAAGGAUUAGCCAAGCUCAAGGUAGAACUAAGUAUGCGGCAUUCCUGGAAUACGUUUGUUCCAUAAGGCUUGAUAGAAACGAGUUUGUAAACCCAGAGAUCAUUUGUGAAAUUAGAAUGACACUCUCAAAGUAAUUUCUCUACUUCGUGUUCCUAUGAGAUUUUUCUUGGGAAGAGCUUUAAGGUUGCAACUUGCUUACAUCAUUGUAAAAUGUGUUUUGGGUAUAUAUUCUUUUUGAGCAAUAAAUGAAAAUUGUAUUGCCAUUUCCAAGCUAAAAAGAAGCAAAAGUAACACAUUUCUUUAUGUGAGACUCACCAUAAAAUGAUUCUAAUCUAAGUUCGCUUAUUAAAUGUAUUUCUAUGAAAGGCAACUAACAUGUAUAUAUUGGAAACGUUUGUCCAUUCCAAUUUCAAUGAA